AUGAAUGCCACUGAGAUCACUUUUGGGAUUGUGUUUCUGUUACAGAUCAGCUGUGGAAUCUCAGCAAAUGUCUUCCUUCUCCUAUUCUAUAUCUGCAUGAUCUCUGCCAGUAACAAACUCAGCUCCUCAGACUUGAUCCUGGCCCAUCUAGCUUUUGCUAACAGUGUAGUUCUUCUCAGCUUUGGAAUUCCAGAGACCAUGUCAGCUUGGGGAUGGAAAAAUUUCUUGGAUGAUUUUGGAUGUAAAAUCUUCAAUUACCUUUAUAGAGUGGCUCGGGGUCUUUCCAUCUGCACCACCUGCUUCUUGAGUGUCUUCCAGGCCAUCACCAUCAGUCCCAGCACCUCUUCGUGGGCAGAAGUCAAAGCCAAAUUACCCAAAUACAUCGUCCCUUUCUGUGGCCUCUCCUGGAUCCUCAAUAUGCUAGUAGAUAUUGAUGUACUGAUGUAUAUAACAGGUCCCCAGAACCGCAGUAGUGUUCAAAUCAUACUGGAUCUCAAGUAUUGCUUGAAACAUAGUGCUGGAGCAGAAGCCAACCUAAUAAUUGCAAUUAUGUUAUCCCUCAGGGACCUGUUCUUUGUGGGACUUAUGAGUGUGGCCAGUGGCUACAUGGCUUUCAUCCUGAACAGACACCACAAGCGUGUCCAGAACCUUCUUGGGCUCAGCCACUCCCUCAGGGUAAACCCCGAGAUCAGAGCAGCUAAGAAGGUCACUGCCCUAGCUACUCUCUAUGUCCUCCUCUAUGGGCGACAUUCAGUCAUGCUGAGUGUUUUACUAAAUAUGAAAGAAAAGUCUCCUCUAUUACUGAAUAGUCAUAUUGUUUUUUCAUUCACCUUUUCAGUCAUUAGUCCAUUCCUGAUGAUUCACAACGACAGGAGAAUGAGAACAUUCUGGAAAAGGGAAUCUCAUGUUUCCAACAAAGUUCUCAACUAG